AGUUUGCUUUUGCCACCCGGAGAAAUCGGAUCUAUCUACCUGUGUCUGCGUUUGGUUAGUUUCACGUUUUAACGCUUACUUUUUUAGUUCUUUCGUUUUGAAGCUCUCCGCUUGUUCCGUCGAAGCAAGUCGCGAUCGCGGAUUUCCACUUAGGUGUGUUCGUGUACGUGAGAAGCUUUCGUGGAUCGUAAAAAAGUAAGAAAAAGGGGGUGUCCGAGCAGAAGGUGAGACCCGGCACCCGCAGCGGCGCAUACGUGUCAGGUUGAGACGGAAAUUCACUUAGUCCUCAAGUGAAAAUUUGUGAUGAUUUUACGCAACCGAUAGAAGUGUCCUGAAGUGAACGGAAAUCACAGGAGGCGUUUUGGAAAAAAAACAGCUUGUUUCGAUUUGAAUUAUAACAUCAUGGGAGUGUAAGAGUGAGAGUGAAACAGUUUCGCCAUUCGUCCACAGUGUUGUGAAGUGAUAUUCAAAUUGGACCCCGAGGGUCCCCCUCUGUAAGGGUGCAGAAAUUAUGCUUUAUGCAAAUGAGGAGGUGUUUGUGGCAAAGUCAGCCUUCAUUGUGGUGAAUGUGGUGUGCGACUGAAAGUGAAAGAAGCUUACUGAAGAGAGGUUACACGAGAACGAUCGAGCGACGAUCGACAGCGACGGUGGUGACCGCGUCGACCACGAAUAUGGAGAAGGCGCAGAGGUGAUCUUAAAGUAAAAGUGAAACUAACCAAAGGCGAAGGAAUUCCAAGAUUGGAUCGGUAAAAAGAAACAGGCACAACAACAAACACGAAACGCACUUAGGACAAGUUGAGUAAAGAAGAAGCCGGAGCUGGUAAUAAGAAGCGGAACGAACGAGAUUGCAUGUGGAACUGAAAACCUGCUCCUUCAGUGGAUACGAAGCCUUUGCCUUAAUAUUAAAUGGUAUUGACACUGCAGCAGCCCAUCAACGCAGGAACAGGUACGCACCAUCUCGUCUUGACCGACGCGUAGAUAGUUGUCGAAUGAAAACGAACAGCGAGUGAAAAGUUGGAAAAAUAUUAUCAUUUAUAGACAUCAUCACACUCAAUUAACAACAUUCCAUCUUCUUCCCGCCAUCCUCAUCACUGCGCGUUCCAAUGAAGUCUUCAGAGGAUGAUCACGCACUAUCCUGGCAUCAGCACCAGAGGCAGUCACCCCAGACAAAGUACGAUCAGUCUGAGAGAACCGCCAAUUAUCUCCAUCUCAACCUGUAGCACAACCACCGCCAGCAGAUCGGAUCAUCGACGUCUGCUUCAUCGUCGUCUCGUUGUCGUCAAUCGAGACCCACACCGGAAAAGAUACGAACGCAACGAAGCAACAACCAGAUUGCCAUCAAAACCAAACCCAAGAUACACAUAAUAACAGAAAUUAGCGUCGCGCAACGAUUUCAGUAUGAAAUUGCCUCACAAUAGAAUCAUCGUCAACGGAUAUUAUUAAGCAGAACGAAAACGAGAGUGGUAGCGGAAUUCGCUGAUUGAAAGCGAAAACAAUUUACGGCAAAAUCAAAAGCGCAACAAAUAAACCGAGGUAAUUUAUUUAGUGAAUGAGAAAAAAGGAACCGAAAUCCAAAAUGUCAUUCAAACAAUCGCGCCUCAGCAGUAGCAGCAGUGCCGUGACCACACUUAUCCAGCAGGCUUACUUAUGCGGCUUGAUCGGUCUGCUGGUGGCGUCACAGCUAUCACACGCGACCAAGCCUUGCAGCAACUCACAAGACUGUACAAACGAAGACCUAGCCACUAGCAGUAAAUCUAGGAGAUCGGCGUCACCCAUACUAAAUGACGUCGGAACGAGAAACAAAGACUUUCUAGUUUUCGAAAACAAUAAAGUUGAUCAGGACGCGUCGCCCAUAUCGAAACAACGAAGCGGAAAGGAUCUGCUCGAUGAUUCGUUCCAGUUCAGUAAACAUGUUGCGAUGAAUUUGACGGGCUCGACUCCUAAUGCACCACCUUUCAUAGUGGCGAACAACAUCAACGGACGACAGAACGCGAACCCGGAUAUUCAGGAUAUCAUUACGGGUAUUGUCAAACUGUUGAACGGUAAUGUUAAUGUGCACGCCAACACGCAGCCGACGAGGAGGCACUCGGCUACUAGAAUUAAUAACCGAGGCCCUCCAAGAAUCUCGGAGGCACAACCAGUUCCCAAUGAAUAUGAGGGCGAUUUGAAUACUCCGCCAACUCCGUCGCGACCUCCUUACACUUUCGAACGACCACAGGCACCCAUCAGACCGUUUCUCACGGGCGUACCCAUCCCAGAGCAAAUCGUACCUUCCAUGCAGCAAACCAAUCGGCCUGGGUUUGUGUCACAAAACCGGCCACCAUGGCAGCGACCCAAACCAAGACCGCCGAUAUCACCGAAUCGAAGGCCUAUGCCACCAUACAAACCUUAUCCGACAAACAUAGACUUUGCCAAGCCGGAGGCUGAUCAAUCUUCCAUUACAUUAGCUCCGAGUGAAAGCAAUUCAAUAAGCGAAACUACCGAGAAAAUGCCUACGACCGAGGAGCCGGAAGCAAAACCAGCCGGAACAACGACUACUGAAAGUGAUUUGCACGAAAUUACCACCGAUCCUCCUGUUCAUGAAGUUAAAAUUGAACAACCGGACGAGAAGGUUGACAAGCCGAACUCUAAGCCUCCAUUUACAGAGGUUCAAUACACAAUUGAACCCGCAAGUGUGGAUCAUCCAUCAGAUCAUAUUCCUACUUUAACAGAACCUUUCCAUACUGAAGUUCCAAGCGUGUAUGAGAUUAACUCUAUCGAAUAUCUCCCAUCAACUACAGAAUCAAGCCCAGGCGUGUCACUCGAACCAUCCACAAGUGAGACAUCGACUCCUUCAGAGAUCAUAACACCAACAAAAACCCUAACGCCUACAGCUAUGAUGUCAACUUCGACUAGUACUACUGAAUCCACUCUAACGACGUCCUUACCGCAAACCCCAAUACUGAACAACAAGCCGGUAGAAUCUACCAGCAGUUCUUCCAUUCCAACACCAUCCCUGCCUCUCCAUGUUCCCUCAACCACAACCGACUAUCGAUUCCACCCUAGACCAGGUCUUGUCCUAGACGACCCCGACUUCAAACCAGGAGGCAAAAAACCUAUCAUUCGAACCCAAAACCACUACCAACCACAACCGGAGAUCCAUCAAUCAACCGGAAUAAAUCUCCCGAACUACGGUGAAAUAUUCGAUGUGACACUGUCCGCUAUUCAGGGUCCGGCUGGUUCCGGAUCACAGCAGACCGUAAAAAUCAAUCCUUACCGGCAGCAAAACCUCCAACCGGAUGACGACGCCAGCAUCAUUCUCACUGCCAGCGGCGACGAAGGAUUCGUUUCGAUCGAUGGCAAACGUUCAUACAUCGAUCUUUUCGGCGAAUCCAAAACCAUCGCUCCAACGACGACCAGCAGCAUUGAAGCAAUCCGACCCACCAACGCUCUAGCGCCGGGAGUAACCGGAACGGGCUACGCAGUAGCUGAAACAGAGCCCCCUCAGCCGCAGGCACCUGCCGUGGCACCUCAGCACCCGCAAUCAAAUCCCCCAUCGAACCCCCAACCACCGCCGACUCAGCAGGCUCCCGUCGUCCACCGUCCGAUUCCCCAUCGACCGAAGUACCCGCUGCCACCGGUGCGGAUCGAUACCUGCAUCGUUGGCGACGACUCAACCUGCGACCAGGCCCAGAACGAGCGCUGCAAAACGGAGAACGGCGUUUCGAGUUGUCACUGCCGGCCGGGCUAUGCGCGACGAAAGCACCGAGAACCGUGCCGGCGAAUCGUUUCGCUGAUGCUGUCGAUGCGGGUCGACAAGAUCUACGAGCGGCGCAUCGUGUGGGACAACGUGCUCGCCAACAGGGACAGCGAGAAAUUCCAGCAACUGAGCUACGAAGCUGUUCGGGCGAUGGACUCCGCUAUGUCAAUGACACCAUUUUCGGACGAGUUCAUGGAAGCGCGGGUAAAUGGCAUCUACACCACCAACCCGGCAUCUACCGGACUCCGGGGGGUGUUUGUGAACUACACGAUCAGCAUGGAUGAGAACGCGGAGACGCUGCGACCACAGCUGAAGUCCGAAAUCCAGCGCCACCUCCUGGGGGUGAUACACCGAAGGAACAACAACAUAGGCAAUUCGGCCCUGUACGUGGACAGUCCCACGGGGGCGGUUUCGAGCGUGCAGGACGUGGAUGAAUGCACGUCGGACGAGUUGAACGAUUGCGAUGACGAGGCCAAGUGCACCAACAUGUUCGGCACAUUCCGGUGCGAGUGCGGAUUCGGCUACCGGGAUCCCUGGGCCGACCAGCCACAGCGAGCCGGGCGGGAAUGUUUGUCCUGUCCGGAUUCGUACUGCAACAAUCGGGGAACGUGCAUGUACGACAACGCCAACACCAAGCAGGUUUGCAAGUGCUUGGGCAGUUACUAUGGCACACAGUGCGAGAUUGAUGGCGAAGUGCUGGGAGUCGCAGUGGGAGCCUCCGUGGCUGCCGUGGUCAUCAUCGUUCUUACGUUGAUUUGUUUGAUCAUGUGGAGCCGCAAAUGGCAACGUGAGCACAAGAACGCCAUGGGCAGCCCCGUGUUUGGCUACAUGGGCGGCGGUCAGGUCAAGACCCCCGUCAUGGGACAAGCUCCCUACCAGGUGACCCUCGAGGACCGGAUGCGCUGGGCUCAGAUUGCAGACGUGAUGGCACAAGCCAACCACUAUGCAACUUUUCCGACCUUGCAGGCCGAACCCGUGGCACCACCAAGACCGGCAUCGGCCAUGUACGGCUAUCCGAACCUACAGACUAUUGGAAAUAUAAACACACUUAGCAUGCACGGCACGCUACCGCCGAUGCACGCAGGCACUCUCCCACCCGUUCCGCUGCCAAGUAUUUUGAAUAGGAGUCUGGGACUCAGCCGCAACGGCAUGCGGACACUGGAAAACUCGAGCUCUAGCGAGGAAGAGGACCGUGCCGACUUGCUUGGUCGGAACUUCAAUGUUCCGCGGCCCAAAAGCCGAAGCAACGCCAGCGUAACGUCUGGCAUCUACUACGACGUGGAUUAUGCGCCCACGGGCACGGAACAGCUUUAUGGUAUGACUAGCACCCUCAGCGCCGGCACGGCACCAGUUCCGAAUCCCAAGGCCCAGAGUAAUAUACCAAUGAGCACGUACACUUCUGGCAGCCGCCCGGUGCAGACUUCGUAUUAUAAGUAAGCGAGGGAGAAACAUAGAACCCAGUGAAUUCUCGACCAGUGUUCAAGAUAGCAAGGAAGAACCCGAAAACUGAUAUUUAUUAGGAAUCUCUACGUUGCGACGAACAAAUCAAUCGAUUAUAUUUCUGUCCCAAUAAUAUGUUGAGUAAAAUAAAUACUGAGCAAAUGUUUUAGUUUUAUACGAUAGCUUUGUAUAAUCGCUAAAAUUUCUACCUGAAUGUGCGGAAUUGAUAAAGGGGUAAUUCCUUUGUGUAUAGAAAUUACAAAUUAAAAAAAAUAUUUAAAUUGGAGAAAGACUUACUAGACUCUGAAUACAAAAAUCGUCUAGUGAACCGAAAAGACACUUAAAAAACAAAAUAGAGAAAAAGUUCGUUCUAGUAAAAAAAACUAGAAGUGAUUGUGCUUUUUUCUUAGGAUAUAAAAGAGAUAAAGAUAUUGAUACAAGUAUUAAUUGAGUAAUAAAUGCAUAUGCGACGUGUUGAUAGUUUAAUGAA